AUGAAUGGUAUUGCAGCAGAGUAUCUGGGUCUAAUUUUUUUGCUGGUAAUUGGCUGGUCUGCAAUUUACACGUUACUUGUGAGAGUGUUUAACAAAACCUGCAGUGCUGAGUGGAACUCAAGAAUAGUAGCUUUUAUUCAUGCGUUCCUUGUGGCAAGGUAUAUUGAGUUUGGAAUGUACCAUGAAAGAAGCGAGUUGUUAGGAGUUGGUUUGCCAAACACGGUGCGGCAGACCUACGUAUGUUGUUUCUGUUUGUCGUAUUUUAUCUUCGAAACAAGCUGGUGUUUAUACAUGCAAACUGAAGGCUUGGUUAUGCUCGCGCAUCACAUGGUGAGCCUAUUUACAAUUUCUACGUGUCUUUUUCUCAAUUCUUCUGGUUAUGAAGCAUCACUAAUGAUCUGGGCUGCAGAAUUCACCAACCCUCUCCUGCAGAUGCGAUGGUUUCUUCGUACAAAAGAACUGCACAAAACAUUGUUUGCCAAGCUCAACGAAAUGGUAUUUGUUAUUUUGUUUAUUUUCAUGCGACUUUUUUAUGGUUCUCAUUUAUUUUACCGUUGCAUGUUGUCUGAAGACAUAAAGCCUGUACCUCGAGCUGGUUCUUUUGUCUUUCAUGUUGUCAAUUUGGCGUUCGUGUAUCAAGUUGGUACCUUAGUCAGACGUCGUUUUCAAGAAAAAAAGAAGAAGAUGUGA